UGAAACACUCGACGCUCUGGCCGGGAAACCCAAUCCAGUACAGCGGCGGAGACUUCUUGCCGCCACGCCGGCCGGCCGCCGCCGCCACCCAUGCUGCGCGUCGUCUCCACCCUCCGCCCGCUCCUCCGGAGCCCCCUCUUCACGGGCCCAAAACCUCUCUCCCGCCCCCGCCGGCCGCCGCGACUGUUCCGUGCCCUCUCGUCCUCGGCGCCGCUCGCAGCCUCCGCGCCUGCGCCCGGGGCGGUUGAGAUCAGAGAGGAGCACCUCGUGCGGUGCGCGGAAGCGGAGAGGGCGCCGCUGCGGGUGGCGGUGCUGCUGAGCGGCGGGGUCGACAGCAGCGUCGCGCUCCGCCUCCUCCACGCAGCCGGGCACAGCUGCACCGCCUUCUACCUCAAGAUCUGGUUCCAAGAAGAUUUCAGGAACUUUUGGUCCGAGUGCCCGUGGGACGACGAUUUGAAGUAUGCACAAGCCGUGUGUGACAAGAUUGACGUGCCAUUGGAGGUGGUACAUCUAUCCGAUGAGUACUGGAACCAUGUGGUGUCACAUAUGAUUAGUGAGUACCGCAACGGACGCACACCGAACCCUGAUGUUCUUUGCAACACAAGAAUAAAGUUUGGAGCUUUCUUAGAAGCAAUUGAAAAUUUGGGAUUUGAUUACAUAGCUUCAGGACAUUAUGCACAUGUAGUCCAUCCACCCGUUGAGAAUGCUGAAGGGCCAUCGGUGCUCCAACUUUCGAAAGACGAGGUCAAGGAUCAAACUUAUUUCCUCUCACAUCUCUCUCAGAGCCAGCUUAGAAGGCUUCUUUUUCCACUUGGGUGUAUAACAAAGGAUGAAGUUCGCAGUCUGGCUGUUCAGAUGAACCUUCCUAACCAAGCUAGAAAAGAUUCCCAGGGUAUAUGUUUUCUUGGAAAGGUCAAAUUUAGCGAGUUUGUUCAAGCACAUAUAGGAGAAAUUGAGGGAAUACUUCUUGAGGCUGAAACUGGAGAUUACCUAGGGACCCACCGUGGGUUUUGGUUCUAUACGAUUGGUCAGCGACAAGGUUUGCGACUUUCUGGAGGGCCUUGGUAUGUUGUGGAGAAAGAUGUGCAAAAUAAUGUGGUUUUUGUAUCAAGGAAUUACUAUUCACUGGAUAAGAGGAGGCGAACAUUUCGUGUUGGAUCGUUAAAUUGGUUUAGCGAUUCCGGGCCAGCAGAUAAUGAACGCCUUAAAUGCAAGGUACGGCACAGUCCUGAUUUCCACAACUGCACCGUGACACGCGAGCAAACCGAAGAACUCGUGGUUAAUUCCAACAACGGAGACGUUUUGGCGGUGCGCCUGUCAGAAGACGACCAGGGUUUAGCAGCUGGGCAGUUUGCAGCGUUCUACCGUGACAGUGCAUGCCUAGGGUCGGGCAUAAUCCUGGAUUCCUGGGACGAGAUGAGCUUCCCCGUGUGCGCAAAGGCGCUAGAAACCGCUAGGCUGGAGGACAAGUCCAAGCUGGGUAAGCCCGUAAGGAUCAUGAACCUGGAGCAUCUGGUGAAGCCAGAACGGGAGCCGGCCAAGGUCGCUUGACAGACGACACCAGGUUCUCUUAGCCUUCUUUUGACUAGGUACAUCUGUGAUCAUGUGAAGAUAUAAUCGUCUGACAGUUUCAAAGUUGACACACCCUGCAAAUGCAAGAAUCGGGUAAGUUUGAGAAGCCAUCGUCGUUAUGCUGCUCCAAUCAGGAGCUCCAUCCAGGUGGUUCUUGGAAAGGUGGCAUCGCCACCAUUGGCGACUUUGCGUUUCGGAGGAGAAAAGCGUUGCCUCCGGAUUAAAGUGGUGGUGGUGGAGCAUCAACAUAUCAUUGCUCAUGCAGGAGCUGACCUGUCCUGAUACAGUUGCCGGACCUAAGCAGGAAACGCUAGCAGGUUAAUGGAUAGGCAUGUUGUUCCCUCUUGGAGCCAAAAUGUCCAGAUUAUUAUUGAGAGUUAGUCAGAUAGCUGCACCCUGUGAAGUUAUGUUAUGUCAACAUUAAAAUGUUUGAAUAAUCAGGAGGUUCUAGACUAAACCAGGAUGGUUUAUGACGAAAUCAUUUUCCUUUU